GUGGUUGGAUUCUGAAGGGUGAGGGCCAAAAGGGGUGGCAAGAUGACCGAAGCUGUAGACAAAGACAGUGAAGGAGAUGGUGGAUGAAAAUAAGUUGCAGGACAGCAUUCCAGGCAUUCUCCAUGUGCAAUAACUGUGUCCAUACUCAGCUGUACAGACCUACCAGACCCUAAUAUUACUGAAGCCAACAAACUCUGCCAAGCAGAGUGGAGCGUUGAUAUCUUGCUAUGCAUCAUAACUCAAAAGUUCCAUUGGUAAAACCCCCAGACGGAGGAUGGGGCUGGGUGAUUGUGGUCAGCUGCUUCAUAGUGACUGUCUGCACCAGGGCAGUCUCCAGGUGCUUCUCCAUAUUUUUCAUGGAGUUCCAGAAUUAUUUUGCUCAGGAUUAUGCAAUGACUGCAUGGAUACAUUCCACUGUUGACUGCACUACCAUGAUGUUUGCCCCCGUUGGGAGCAUCAUAAGCAAUCGGUAUUCCAGUAGAGCUUCAGUAGUUCUUGGAGGAUUGUUGGCUUCUGCUGGCCUCAUUCUGAGCUCAUUUGCCAAUUGUCUGGAGUAUUUAUACCUGUCCCUAGGAGUGCUCACGGGUUGUGGAUAUGCUUUAGCGUACACUCCAUCCGUAGCAAUUGUGGGAGAAUAUUUCCAUAAGAGGAAGGCCAUGGCUUAUGGAAUUGCCAUGUCGGGAACUGGAAUUGGCACUUUCGUUCUUGCUCCAGUGGUUCAGCUGCUAAUUGAAAAAUAUUCUUGGCGUGGGGCAUUACUCAUCCUUGGAGGCCUUGUUCUUAAUAUUUGUGCUUGUGGAGCUUUAUUGCGACCUCUUACUCUUGCAGACAAUCUAACCGGUUCCACUGUAACUGAAAAGGUCACUGAAGAAUGCACUUAUAAAGUACAACAUGACGAUCUCCCAUUACAUUGCUCUGCUCCACAUUCAGUCUUAACAAAAAUAGAUUGCAGUGACCAGCAAAGUUGUCGUUACUGUCCAUCGUACCAGGAAUAUGCCUUCCUUCUGACACCAGACUUUCUUGUUUUUGCUGUGUCUGUGCUAUUCUUAGCUUAUGGCUGCAGUACGCCUUUCGUAUAUCUCAUACCUUAUGCUGUAAAUGUUGGGGUCAGCCAGCAGCAAGCAGCCUUCCUCAUGUCAAUACUAGGAAUCAUGGACAUUAUUGGAACCAUUUCAUUUGGCUGGAUAACAGACAGAAGAUGCUUGAAGAAGUAUCGCAGGUUUUGUUUCUUUCUGACCAUUGGAUUGGAUGGUUUCAGCUCUUUGUUCAUUCCCAUUCUGAAAACUUUUCCACUCCUUGUUCCCUAUGCAUUUUGUUAUGGAUACUUUGAUGGGGCUUAUGUUGCUCUUCUCCCAGUAGUAACAUCUGAUAUAGCAGGACACGAUUUCCUGUCUUCAGGCCUUGGGAUAGUUUAUUUUAUUCAUGCAAUACCCUAUCUUAUCGGCCCACCAAUAGCAGGUUGGUUGGUGAACACAACUGGAACUUACACAGCAGCUUUCUUCAUCAGUGGCUUAUCUAUGAUGUUCGGUUCACUGCUAGUUCCUAGUGCUGAUUGGAUUAGGAGCUGCAGAAAUUCAGUUAAAGUUCAAGGCGUUAAGCCAGAUGUGGACAAUGCAACUUUUCACAAUGCACCGAACAAUCAUAUCUAAAAGCAGGAACUGGGUGUAUGCAAUUAACAUACCAGCAGCAAACUUUGUAUAGCAAAUUCUUUAAAAAAUGACAACGUUUUUCUCUUAGCAAUGUUUGUACAACUGUGUGUGUCUCUGUGGGUGUGUAUUAUUUUCAAUGCCAAAGUAUUUUGUAUAAACAUUUUUAAAUGUUUGAUCUUUAUACAUUCUGCACUUUUCCCGUAGACUUGCUAGCUGCAUCUCAGCAGGUCACUUAAAGUGCCUUCAAAAUGUUUGAGGGAAAAAUACUCCUGCAGGGAAUUGUGACUCCUGCAGAUUAUAUACAUAAAAGUACAUCUGUCUUAGCUUCAAUUUCGAUUUCCCCCAUUUACAUUAGUGGUUCUCUUAACUGCACAAUCUUGGUGUGACCUGUUACCAAUUUAGUCAUGUCAUGUUUGCCUACUAAAUUGUUUUAUGUAGUAUCUUUGUUUUAAGCUUUACAUGUUAGUUUUUAGAUUUGGUAUCAGUGGGAAACAAAGUAUAAUUCAAAUAGCUCCAGGUCAGAUUGUGCCAGACAACAAGAAUGAUAUUGGCUCACCGAUAAAGAUCCAAAUUCUCUGUGAAACUUGAAGUACCAAUCAUAUGUUCACACUGCCAAGGUAAAUAAAUUUACCCACCAACACAAAAUUUCCCCUCCCAUUAUCUCUCAAAUGGGCUGUAUUCAUUACAUCCUAUCUCUUAGACUGAAUUUAAAUUGUUUAAGCAGCUAAACAGACAUUUUUCAAACCAAGUGAGGGAAAAGGGAACACAAUUGGGUUCUAGAAAACUAUUCUGUGAAAGAGAAGGGAGCACUUGAAAUUCUUAACCUUAGAUCAAGGAUGUUCUGGGACUUCUAUGAUGAUAUAUGUACUCCCCUAUACUGGUACUUUCUCUACAACUAUAUCAGCAUUGUCUCCCAAGGCAGAUUUUACUAAGUGACACAGAAUUAUACUUUUCUCACUUUAUUCAGUGAUCAUCAAGAUACUUACGGAGUACAUCUGUCUUUCUCGAUGAUGCCUGCCAAACUUCCUGUAUGCAUACAGCUCCAACCUCAUUUGGUCACCAACUGAGACUGUUUACUUCCAUUACGAGAAAGCAAGUGAUAGAAAAAAAAAUCACAAAUCCAAUGGAGCACAUCCUCUCCAGAUGCAGUGUUAAAAUUGUCUUGUAUUUGAAUGAGUAGUUUGUUAGGGAAAAUACACCCUAGUGUGUGGUGAAUAAAGAUGGGAAUGGUAACUCUUUGUACUAGACUUUCUUCAAAAGACUUAUUCCAAUCCUACUUUCUGUUACCACCCUUUGAUUGUCUUGUCAUGAUGCUUCAUAGCGUUAAUUGCCUUUUUGAAUUGAGACAUUUAGGGAAGGGCAAAUUAAGAUAAAACUGAUGCAGCAUAGAUGCACAUUGCUUAAAUGUAAUGGGAGUCACAAAUCAGUAUGGAGCCCACUUCUUUCAUCCUAAGUCUUAAAGGUGGGGAGCUACAUGAAGCUUCUCACAAUGCAGAAAGCAAGUUUGCUGGAAAACCAGUCAGUAUGUAGUUUACUUUAUAAUGUUUAUGCUUAUUUUAAAUACUUGAUAUUCUAUUCCAAAGAAAUUUGUUUUUAUGUUUUAGAAUAGGUGAUGUGGGAUUACCAUUGAUUUAUCAAGAUUGAUUCAAUUCAAUCGUUUAACAAUUUAUUACAUUUUCUGUGCUAUUGUGUAUUUUUCUGCUAAGCCUUUUAAACCUGAUAAGCCUACUAAACCUCCUGACCUCAUUUCAAUGUAACUAUGGCACCUUGGUGCUUUGCCCAUGUACCAAAGUAUGAUGACAACACAACAAUGAGUUGAGACAUUUAGGGAAGGGCAAAUGAAGAUAAAACUGAUGCAGCAUUGCUAGGAAAUGCUUGUUGUUCACAAUGUUGUUCACAAAGCAAGAAACCAGACAAACAGGAUGCUGGGCUAAAUUGUCAAAUCAGUUGACUUCAUAUUCUCAGAAGUCAGAUUCUCAGAAGUUAUACUCGAGCUGUAUAGUGCUCUGGUCAGGCUGAACAUAGAAGGUUGUUGCACAGUUUGGUGAGUAAUCUAUAGAAUAGAAAAGUGCAAAUAUCUUGUCAUCAAUGGGUUCAUGUAAUAAAGGGCAUUGCCAUUCUCUUGGUCUGUUUUGAGUAGAUCCAGUCUCUACGAACAGCCAAUUUGUUAAAUAUUUUGAAACCAUUGUAUCAUUUAUGGUGUAUCAUGUAUAAUGCCUGUGGCAGCACAAUUUUUUGAAUUCAGCUUUCGUGGUGUGGUGCUAAAUUUUAAAUACUAUACAUGCACACAAACCAUAUUAAAAAGGUUUGCUGAUUGAA